AUGCAACUAGAACUAACAGAAGAAGUUCGGACGCUCAUUUCUGAAAUCUUGGAAGAUGCUUAUUUGGAAGGUGAUACAUACCAAUUGAUUGGAGAAAUCUAUGAAACCUAUUUACAAUUUAGUGAAGAGAUGAAUAAUAAUGAAACGGAAACACUGGACAGAUUUAUAACCACAGAAAAAGGAACGGAUGAUCUGACCAGUUUAUUCAAAUUACUUUAUACAUAUGAUUCGGAAUUGGAUGAAUCGUUCGGAUUUCAACAUGGUGAAAUUCCUCUCAUGUUGAUGAAACCCUUCAUGAUGAUGGAAAAUACUUCUCCGAAUAAUUGUAAUUUAAUAUUUCGGCCAUUCCCUAAAUUUAAAAAAGAAAUUCCAUCAUGGAUAUUUAAAUAUUCCUUUUAUACAUUUGAAACGGUGGAGGAAUUACCUUUGAAUGAUUUUCUGGAAACUUUCUUUGUGUUUUUAAGUCAUUUUGAAAGACGAUUUUGGGGAGAUGAAACUUUGUGUCCUAAAUGGGGAGAAGCUGAACAAAUCCUGUUCGAUAAAUGCAUGACUAUCUUUGGUAGAAUUCAAUUGAACACUCGUCCAAAAAAGCAUGUAGAGAAAUUUGAAUUGCUCAAAUUAAUCUUUGAACACCUUGAAAAUACAGAAACUCAAAAGAGUCAUGUCAUUACGUAUUUUAGUGAUUCUUUAACCAAGCUUUUUGCAUUGGAAUUUGAAAAAUUAAAGUACAUGGAAAGAAAUGAAGAAAGAGCCAAAAGACUUGAGAAAACAUUGAGUCUAAUGGAGGGAUUGAAUUCAAGAGAGAGAACAUUUCUUGGAGAAUUAUUUAGUAUCGUUGGAGAUUCAUUGGAAGAUUUGGAAAUUAGACAUUCUGCUUUACGCUUAACUCAAAAUUGUAGUUUUAGUGUUGAUUUUCUGUCUAUGUGUGCCAAGUGUUGCGAUUCUAAAUUUCCAAAAUCAAUUAUCCAAACAGCAUUUCAAAUAUGUGUAAUAAUGAAGGGCUUCAUUGACCCUGAUAGAAUGAGCAUGCAAGAUAGCAACGAGUUGAGUCGCUUAUUGGUAAAUGCUGCUAUUAAUUUUAAUGUGGAAAAUGUUGCAAACGCCCUCACUCUUUUUACCUUCAUUAUAUUACGUCAAGAUUUUCUUUUUCCACAGGGUGAGGAUGAAUUAGUACACAUAAUUUAUUUACUUAGAGCAGGUAAAUACAUUUCUGAAAUUAGAAAUCCUCAAUUUGGCUGUUUGGCUCAUGUUAUACGAUUCAUUUAUAGUAACUGUACUAGUGGGACUAUUUCUAUAGUUUUACCCAGAUAUUUUGAAGAAAUCAAGAAAAACACUAAUGCACCAACAGCUGAUUUAGUAGAACAAUUAGCUGAAGCAUACCUAACAAUGAAAAAAUUAAUAAGCCUACCAUUAUGUAGCCCUAAGAACAGAGAAACUUUGAACACUCUUUCUAAUGAUAUUAUUUUGUACGUUUAUGAGUAUUUCAAAAAUAGACCAUAUGUUUCUGACAAUUUGACGCGAGUAAUUAUUUCAAACAGAUUGUAUCAUGAUCUUCCAAAACUAGAAUCUUCCAAAUCAAAUCUGGAAGUUUUGUUUACAGCAUGUGCAAAUCCUACAUCCUUUAGGUAUUUGGAUUUUAUGAAUUUAUUAGCCGAAAUGUUGAUAGUUGGACUGCCAGUGCUUGUGGACCAAUUAAAAAGACCAACAACAGUUAUUUUGAGCGAUCCCGAAUUUAGUUUGAUUCAAGUUGGUCUCGUCAAUCUUGUUGCUAGAGAAUUUGCUCAUACUUUAUUCUACCGACACGUGGAACAAUACGGCAGCGAUAUUGAAUUUUCUAAUGACACAUUAUGUGGAGAGUACUCUCACGAUCUAGCUCUAUAUGGAUUUUUAUUGUUUAUGGAUGAUUUAUUGGAAAAGGGGUGUAGUGUAAUAACUCUUGUUACUAUAGAUAUUGAUGAAAAUCUAAAAUAUAAUUCCUUAAUUAAUUCAAUUUACAAACGAGUCCUCCACAAGAUUAGUGCCCAUAAAUUGGGUUAG